AUCAGGUGUGUCUCUCUACCUGAAUUUCAAAGAAUCGAUCCCCGGUUUCACGAUUCCUGAGUGAAAACCGGGUUGGAAUGCAAAGUAUUUCUUUUUCAUUUUUCAUUUGGGAACUAUUAUGCUAAUGUAGGAAGUUAAUAUGAACGGAAUCAAACUUUGUUAACUAGAUGACCUUAUAUGACCUGAUAUCAUUCUAGUCAGAAGGGCUAAGCAGAUCAAUGGACUGUGUUACUAGGAAGAUAUGCCACUGAAGAACUAACUCUUUGAAUCUAAAUUCUUAUUCAAUCAUUGAUAUCUUGCAUUUAAUUCUUUGAUCCAUAAUCCAACGCUUUCAAAGCCAGAAAAAUGGAUAAACUUUUUGGAGAUCUCAAGAGUUUCUUCAAAACUAAGAAAUGUACCAUUGAUAGUUUCAUUUUUCGACUCCACUACCGAUUCACGUUUCUGGCGCUGAUCGCUUUCAGUAUUGCUGUUACUGGACGACAAUACAUCGGAGAUCCAAUCGAUUGCAUCUCUAAGGAUGAUGUACCGACAGAACUAUUGGACACGUACUGUUGGAUCACUACAACGUUCAGUUUGAAGAGUGCAUGGCGCAAAAAAGUUGGUGAAGAAGUACCUUAUCCUGGAGUGGACAAGUACGUCGAAGGAGAAGAGAGGGUGUAUCACGCUUACUACCAGUGGGUGUGCUUCGUGCUGUUUUUCCAAGCUCUGUUGUUCUUUCUUCCACGCUACUUAUGGCGGAACACCGAAAGACACUACAUCAAAAACCUGGUCAUGGAAUACAACUCCCCUGUUGUCAGUGCUUCCUCGAAGAGUGAAACUACCAAGCUGCUGGUGAAUUACCUUCACGAAAGCACCGGGUACCACACUUUCUACGGUACGAUGUACAACAUCGUCGUGAUUAUGAACUUUGUCAAUGUGGUUGGACAGAUCUACCUGGUGGACAGGUUUUUGGGUGGGGAAUUCACGACCUACGGAUCCGAAGUGUUGUCUUUCACGGAGUGGGACUACACCCUGAGGUACGACCCCAUGAUCAAAGUGUUCCCCCGCAUGGCCAAGUGUACCUUCCACAGGUACGGCUCGUCUGGGGAUAUAAUGAAGUAUGAUGCGAUGUGUCUUAUUCCUAUCAAUAUUCUUAAUGAGAAGAUUUACAUCUUCCUCUGGUUUUGGUUCGUGAUACUGGCCGUUCUGUCUGGGUUGGAAGUUGUGUAUCGCUUGGCCAUCGCGUUCCUCCCCAAGUUCCGAUUUUAUGUGUUAUACUCUAAAUGCCGCAAAGUGAACGAGAAUGAUUUGAAGCUUGUUCUGAAUCGGUGCGACCGUGACGAUUGGCUGAUUUUGAGUUUGUUGUGCAAGAACAUGGCUGACUGUAACUACGUCUGUAUUAUUCGGCAAAUGGCGAAGAAGCUGAGGAACGAAAAAGAUAUAUGAGUUCAAUAUUUUUGUGAGGCAUAGUUCUACAUGACAUUUUUUUGAGUCACAUUCAUUAAGGCCCAUUUCCUUGAAAGUCAUUGAUAAGUUUUCAUCUUGGCUGCAAUUCACUGGAGCUCAAACUUAUUAUAUUUUUCGUAGUUAAAGUAUUCCAAGUUUAAAGUUUAAAAUAUUUUAAAGAAAAUUAUUUUUGUUUAACUUUUUUUGAUGUGUAAAAGUGCAUUUACGGUUUUGUAAAGAUCAGUGAUUGAGACAUUUUAGUUAAGGACAAUUGAAUACUAACUUUAAUAAAUGAUAAAAUAAAAUUAAAAUGACAUUAAGAACCACAUAAUCUGUUGUUCAGGUGUAGCGACGUCGUUUUUUCAAAAAAGGCUCUCUGAUGAUAACGUGCUCAAAGUAGUAGUUCAUUUAGUUUUGUUUUGUUUAGUGUGCUAUUUUGAGUUCCUUUUUAUACUUAGAACAUAGUACUUACUGCAUGUAAAAGUAAAUACAUGUUGCAUUGUUUCAUUAUUAAUAAAAAUGUUUUUCGUUUAAAA